UACGUCACAUCAGAAUCUGCUCAAAAGGGGAUCACCACUUGAUUGAAUAUGAUCAGUUCUUGUUGAGCUGCGUGUUGAAUCAUUUCGGAGCCAUGAUGAAGAAAAUAGUCCUCUUAUUUGUUGUUUGUGUAACGGUUGCUGUUGGUUUGCCACCGCAGAACCAGAACCGACUACGGCGCCAAACAUCGAGUGCUGGUAACAAUCAAGCGCAACCGAACUUCGGUUUCGGCAACUUCCAGUUUCCGACCGGAUCGUGGCCGGCUGGACAAGGCCAGGGACAGGGAUUUGAUCAACUAUGGUCGCAACCGUCGUCCAUUGGCUCACUGAGUUCAAGGGGGAGUUUCGGAUUUGAUUUCCCUAACAUAGAAGGUGCUGAUGGCGUCACGGCGACAGCAGGUAUGACCUGUACCAGCGAGAAUGGAAAGAAGAAGUGUACCAAACAUCAGAGACAAGAGAAAGUCAGAUACUGAACAUGACAGGGCACCUGUUCUAUAGUAGCAGUAGUGAUUGUGUAUAAAAGUGCAUUACAUCUGUUUAAUUGAUAAAAACUAUCCUAAAUGAGGUAAAUGAAAUAUAUCUUAGUGAACUAUUUUGUACCAAAUUCGCAUUAUUUCAGUCUAUUUCGAUUGUCUAAUAUUUAUUAAAAUAAAGCAACUUCACCAACAACA